GUAAAGAUGAGCCCAGCACUUACACCUGCACCACCUGCAAGCAUCCCUUUGGCAGCGCCUGGUUCCUGCUGCAGCAUGCGCAGAACACGCACGGCUUUCGCAUCUACCUGGAGAGCGAGCACGGCAGCCCGCUGACACCGCGCGUGGCUGUGCCGCCGGCCAUGGGCGCCGACUGCACCUCGCAGCCGCCGCUGCACGGCCUGCACCUGCCCGAAGGCAGCCCCUUCAACCUGCUGCGCAUUCCCGGCUCGGUGUCGGGGCGCGAAGGCCCGCCCCUGCGCGAGGGCCGCUUCCCGCCGACUCCGCCCCUCUUUAGCCCGCCACCGCGCCACCACCUGGACCCCCAGCGCAUGGAGCACCUGACUGCUGAGGAUUUGGCCCUGGCCACCGCCCACCACCACAGUGCCUUCGACAGGGUGCUGCGCCUCAACCCUCUGCCCCUGGACCCGCCCCCCGCCAUGGACUUCUCACGGAGGCUGCGGGAAUUAGCUGGCAACACUUCCACGCCGCCCCUGUCGCCUGGUCGGCCCAGCCCCAUGCAACGGCUGCUGCAGCCUUUUCAACCGGGUGCCAAACCCCCCUUUAUGGCCACGCCCCCUCUCCCCACCGGCCAAUCCCCUUCCGGCUCACAGUCCACCCCCAAUCAGCCGGCAGCCCAGUCGCAGGGCACGCCCAUGAAGACCAAGUCGUGCGAGUUCUGCGGCAAGGCCUUCAAGUUCCAGAGCAACUUGAUUGUCCACCGGCGGAGCCACACGGGCGAGAAACCCUACAAGUGCCACCUGUGCGACCACGCCUGCACGCAGGCCAGCAAGCUGAAGCGCCACAUGAAGACGCACCUGCACAAGUCAUCGCCUGGCACCGUCAAGUCGGAUGAUGGCCUCUCCUCCACUAGCUCGCCGGAGCCGGGCACCAGCGACCUGGUGGGCAGCGCCAGCAGCGCUCUCAAGUCGGUGGUGGCCAAGUUCAAGAGCGAGAACGAUGGUCUCGUGCCCGAGAAUGGCGAGGAGGACGAGGAGGAAGAGGAGGAGGAGGAGGAAGAGGAGGAGGAGGAGGAGGAAGAGGAGGGCGAGGAGGAGGAGCUAGAAAGCGACGGGGGUAGGAAUAGCUAUCACUUUGGGCUGAACCUCGAGGCAGCGCGGCAUCACGAGAACAGCAGUGGGCGGCUGGUGGCAGAGGAUGGCAUCCCACGCUCGCUGCCGGAGGUCAUACAGGGCAUGGGGCUGGCGGCCAGCAUGCAGCACUACAGCGAGGCCUUCCGGCAGCACAAGCGUGGCGCCCUGGGCUCUGACGGCGAGACGCACCGCGAUAUGUGCGACGACGACUCGGCGCUGGAGUCCGACCGUGUGGAUGAGGGCUGCGGCGCGGCCGUCAACGGGCGUGGCUCCUCCCCCAGCGAGUCGGCCUCUGUCGGCCUUUCCAAGAAGCUGCUUCUGGGCAGUCCCAGCUCGCUGAGCCCCUUCUCCAAGCGAAUCAAGCUGGAGAAGGACUUUGACAUCCCCACGCCGACCAUCCCCAACACAGAGAACGUGUACUCGCAGUGGCUGGCCGGCUAUGCCGCCUCUCGCCAGCUCAAGGACCCCUUCCUGAACUUCGGAGACUCCCGACAAUCGCCGUUCGCCUCAUCCUCAGAGCAUUCCUCAGAGAACGGCAGCCUGCGCUUCUCCACACCGCCCGGCGAGCUGGACGGGGGCCGCAGCGGCACGGGUAGCGGUGGCAGCACGCCGCACCUGGGUGGCCCCGGCAGGCCGAGCUCCAAGGACGGUCGGCGCAGUGACACCUGCGAGUUCUGCGGCAAGGUGUUCAAGAACUGCAGCAAUCUGACAGUGCACCGGCGCAGCCACACGGGCGAGCGGCCCUACAAAUGCGAGCUGUGCAACUACGCCUGCGCCCAGAGCAGCAAGCUCACUCGGCACAUGAAGACACAUGGGCAGACGCUGUGAAGAUGUCCCUCGCUUCGCAGCAGAAACGUGAUGACGCCCGACCUCCUCCGCAUUCGACAGGAGCUGCGUUAAUGACCGGGGCACCUAAAGUCCUCCAGGGCAAUUUCGUUCUGACGAGCUCGAUUGAAAUUGAUUGGGAGUGAUGGGAAUAUCAGGGAGAGGUGGCAGGGAUCUCCUCGUUCCAUCUAUGGCAUCAUUCAGACGCUUUUUUUUUUUUUAAUAAUUUAUUUUGAAAAGAUCCACCACUGAUGAUUAACAAUGAAUUGCCUGAAGAUCGAACCUUUCAACUCAUCAUUCAUAAAAGCACCCAUAUCUGAAUUCUUCAAAGAACAGGCCGAUGAAAUAAAGAAAGUACAAGAUUUUUAAAAAAUCAUACACUGUGUAUGUUCUUUUCGUCGAAAUAAAACAAAACCUGUUUUCACGGUUCAUCUACAGCAUCCGCCCCAGUCAAUGUUGACAUAGCACUUGGCACUCAACCGUAGGCCGUACCUGGUUCCCUAAUCGGCGCUACGGUGGUUGAGUAUAAAAUUAUUGUACGAAAAAGUGCACUGUUCCGUUUUCCCAGUUUACAGGUAUGUGCUUAAGGGGAAAGAAUAAAAACAUGUAGCUGAACUGAUGGACACAUCGUUUAGCGUAGACGGGAUGAAAUCAGUUUGCCAGCCCUAACUUCCCAGAAUGCCGAGCGGUUUGCUAUCGUGGCUGUGAUUGGGCAAAGACUUCCCUGCUCGAGGACAAAAAAGAGAAUGAACAAAACUUGCUGCUUAAACUGCAAGAAUUUUUUGUACAUUUUUUAAAGUAUAAAUAUUAAAAAUUGACUUUUUUUUUUAAAAACGACAAUGACACUUCGUUAUCUUUAGGGGAAACAGUAUUUUAAGUUUGUCGUCGUUUCUCUUUCCUCUCUUAGUGUUGUUCAGGACUUGAUCACAGUAUGUAUAAAAUUUAAAAAAUCUGAGUUUUUUUUUUUUUUUUUGCUUUGGCUGUUCACAGCUCUUCAGGUUGACAAAACUUGCAUUGGGGAAAGGUUUAAGAUUAUCUAUAAAUAUAUAAUAGAGAAUAUAGGAAAAUGCACACUCAUGUCGAUUCCUAUGCUAAAAUACAUUUAUGGUAUACUUUUUCUGUAUUUCUAGAAUGGUAUUUGAAUUAAAUGUUCACCUAGUGUAGGGACUAUAGUAUUUAUAUUGAGGCUCGUAUUUUUAACUGUUGCUUGUUCUCUUAAAAAGGUAUCGACGUACCUUUUUUUGGUAGUGGAAAAAAACAAGCUGCCACGGUAUAUUUUUUUAAUUUGGCAGGAUAAUAUAGUGCAAAUUAUUUGUAUGUUAAAAUAAAACAAACAGAAAUGAAAAAAAAAAAUUAAGCUGUGGUAUUGUACAGAUUAGGGGCCAUGAGAUGGACCCCCGCCCCCCCCAGAAGUCCUUUCUGAAUGUCCACAGUAGCGCUAACAGGUGGCUGUACAUAUCUCUUUUUUUAAUUUUAUUUUAUUAAAUUCGUCCGCUGCCGCCAGUCAGUACGCAGUAACGCAAGCCGAUGUCGGGUCGUCCCGUAGUGUGUUCCUCCGCCACCCACGUGACUACAUUCCAGCAUCAGAAACGUCAUAUGCAGUAAACGAUUACGGGAAAAAAAAAUUAAAAAAUAAAUGAAUUUAGAAAAAAAAAAAAAUCAAUGUUUUUGCAGGUUUUUUUUUCUUUUCAUUGCCAAAUACUAAAUGGUGCUUUAUAUUUAGAUCGGGAAGAAUUUCAUAUGCAAAGCAUAUUUAAAAACAAUGUAACGGAAAUAAUGGGGAAGCCCACUUGAGUUGAUACUUUUUGUAAAUGGCAAUGUGGAAUAUUUUGUUAUCUGCCUUUUCUAUUCCUGUUCUGGAAGCUGUUUGUUGUAAACUGAACUUGAACGUAUCUUUUACAAUGGGAGUCACUAUUUAUUACUACUUAUGUGCUCUGUUCAAAACAGAGGCGCAUAUAUUUUUUUUUAUUAUUUUUUUUUUUUUUGGGUUUUGUUUUUGUUUAGUUUUUAUUUUUUAAAAGAACGGCCAAAGGUCACGGCUGACCUAGCUUUUCGUUGUACAUGUUUCCGGUCUCUGUUCUGUUCUGUUCUGUUGAGAAUGCCACUGUCUGUGUUCUCUGGCAGGUGUCUGCAUAAUCCUGUUCACACAACCAUUUUGUCCCUUUAUUGAGGAGAAAAAAAAAACAAUUAAUAAAAAAUUUAAAGUAUA